CUGCAGGCUACCUCUCAUAUUAUGGAGCAGUACUGCGAGGCCCUGGAGGAGCUGGGAGGGAUAAACCCCGCCUCCGACUCCGCCCUCUCCAUCCUGAGACACGCCCAGCGGCACGGCGAGGACCUUAGGGCCAGCGACCUCAUCGUAGGAUGUCCGAUUCCGGUGACGGAGCGCGGCGAUUUGGUGCGGCAGGGCGAGCUGACGGUGUGCGGGGGGGCUCGGAGGAAGCGUACUGGCGUGAGGAACGUCUUCCUCUACCAGCACGUCGUCAUCUUCACCAAACAGAAGAGCGCCGGCCCGGGACGCACCGCCUUCAGCUGCAAGCACAGCAUCAAGACCGGGGAGAUGGGUCUGACUCAGAGCGUGGGGGGGGACGGGCUGAAGUUUGAAGUGUGGGUGCGUCAGGCUCCUCGAACCAAAGACUGCAUCACGCUGCAGGCCAAGGACAGGGAAGGAAAAGUGGCCUGGACUCAAGACAUCGCCCACCUGCUGUGGACUCACGCCAUCAACAACACAGAGUUGUGUCUGAAGGAGUCGCUCUGCAUGGGGAUUUCCAGUAAGCUGCUGCUGGACGCGACAGGAACUCCUGGAUCUGAACUGGACUCCAUCUACAGUCUCAAUGACAGAGUCCACAGUAGCUGCUCAGACUCCUCCUCUGUGGGCAGUCAGAAGGAGGGGGGGUCCCCGGCGUCUGGGAGGGACCCCAGGAGAAGCUCCGGAUCAACAAGUUGCUCCCAGAGCCACUCUCCCUCUACAGCUGUGUAACUGUCUUCUCAAUAAGAAAACUGGACACUUGAAGAUUUGAAUCAUCUCUAUUCCACCUCGGGGAAGCCAAACUGGACUUCGCGGAGCAAGAAGACAAAAGAGAGACCCUCAGACUCUAUUUGAACUUCUCCCACAUGCUCUCCUUCCCUUCUCCCCCCUUCACCUCCUUCAAAGUAAUAAAAGGCCAGCAGAUUAGCUGGACGACCGCUGCACUGCCACAUUCUCUAAUAAGCAGAGGAAGAAAGAAAAGCUGCCUCCCGAAAAAGCAUCAACGCUGCCCUGUCUAAACCAUGACGAGCACCAGCAGGGCUCUACCCGCUCCGCCAUUUUGGAUCUGCCAGCCUCAGUUGCUGGCAGAGUCAUUGACACCAAAGGCACUUCAGCCACACAGUGCGGCCAUUGUCUGCCCCGCGGCUCCCCACUAGGCCAAACCACUUGGUCUGAACCACUGACUGCCUGGCUGGCUGACUGUACGCAUCACAUGCUCCAGAAUCUGAUAAUAAACAGGAAGUAAUAUGCGGGGCGUAAAUCCACCGUAGGAUUGCAGAUUUAGAAUGUAUGUACUCUGUCAUUUUCAUAACGCUGAAUGGAGUACUGUUUUUGUUCUCCCCCCCUCUUGCCUGUGGAAAAAUGUGUGGCAUAGGCUAGGUGUGAUUGCAUCUAUGUAAAUGAGGCAGGGGUGGUGUGAGCACACGUACACACAAACACACACAAAGAGUGUCCGUCAACACAUGCAGUCACUCUUAUUGUUGUAAGACAGUGGAGGCUCUAUUCACAUGCUCACACACACUCACUGGCCGAUUUAGAGCCUGGUACAGUGGCUAAAUAAACAUCUGAUCACAUACAGGAAGCAUUGCCUCGAUAAUCAACGCCUUAUAGGAUCAUAUCCGACUGUUUCUUUAAGCUAAAGAUGUAUUAACAGUGGCAACAACUGGUAUUUAAUCUUCUUAAAAGUAUAACUUAUGUCAGCUACUUGAGCUUGUUGGUGCCUUAUAGUGUACUGAUGAUGAGUUAUAUGCAUUUUGUUUUAUAUUCUAUGUGCCAAAGGUAUAAAAUGGGUGUCUGUGCAAUGUUGUUUUGUGUACAAAGAGGUAUUGUUGUUACAUUUGGUUUGCUCUUUCCGGAUCUCCAUAAAAUGGUAGAUCUGUUUAAUUUGAUUUAUUCCGGUGUUGCUGGUUUUUUUGCUUGCGGCAAAGAGGUAACUUACUCAAAACGAGCUUCUAGGUUGAGGUUCCAAGAAAAAAAAGGCCGUCUUCUCAUUGUCACUCUUAAGCUGAAAGGAUUGCUUUAUUUAACAUUUUUAAAUAAAUAGUUUGACAGAUUGGGAAAUGUGUAAUUUAGCUGUCUUGCCAGGAGGUAGAUGAAAAGAUGGAUACCAAUCUUCAAUGUCUGUGUGUAACAUAGGAAGCCUUUGCAAACAGAGUUAGCUUAGCUUAGCUUAGCAUAAAUAUUGAAAAACAGCUAGCUUGCCAAAAGAUAACAACAAGUACAUACCUGCACCUUUUUAAUCGUAUAAGAUAUAACAUGUUAAGCCUAAAAGGGUGCCAAUAGGUGGAUUUGUUACCUAAAGAUAGUAGCUGUUUUGGCUAGCUUACUCUUUGUGCUAAGCUAAGCUAUCUCACUGCUGUAAGUAGCUUCAUAUGGCCUGUAGAAAUAAGAGUGUUAUCAGUCUUGUCAUCUAGUUCUUGCUAAGAAAAGCUAAUAAGGGUAUUUCCUGAAAUGUUACACUUUUCCUUAAUCUCCCAGAAGUAAUGGCUUAUUAAAAUAACUUCCACUCACGGGACAGACACUACUUCUCUGCUAAACACACUCAUGGGUACAUUUGAGUAGAAACAUGUAACACUGCUGAGUUGUACUCAAACUCACAAAACUACAAUUAUAGUGAAGAUCCCAUAUAUAUUACAUUAGUGAUUUAAAUCUACAAAAUAAUGCCCAGCAUAUCUGGAAAUUCUCAUUUCAUUGUCAUGUUAUGAUGCUGACGAAACCAAAGAUAUGAAUAUUUCAUACGACAGUGUAGUUCAUAUUGUAUGACAGCAAGCAUGCAGUCAGUAAAACCAAUCAUCAUCCACUCACUGGUUUGAUUUGAUCACUAUCAGACAAUAUCACGCUUAAGGUACAAUAUGAAACCAUCAGGUAGUGAGAGAUCCAGCAGCAGCGGGAGGUCAAGCUCACGUCUGCAGACGGCCGCGGUUAUCAGGUUUAGCACGUUUCAUAUCUGCAUUCAAAUUCAGAAAUUGCAAAUGGCUAUUGAGCCGUUUCUGAAUCAAUAUGUAAUUUGUUGGCUUGGAGAAGGCCCUCGUACACCUCGUAGCCUUUAGCUGUUUGGUACAUUGCGUUAUAUUGGAAGCGAUGUAAUGAACACCAUCUUUCAUUCUUACUGCAGUAUAGAUUGUCACAUGCAAAAUCCUCUACUUUUGUAUGCCGUGCAAGGCAGUAUUAAUGUAGAAACAUUGUGCUCUCUUUCUACCCUCACACUCUGCCUAGUGUUUACAUUUUUUUAAAGGAAUGUGGAAUGUUGCAAACGCAUGUUAUGCUUACUUGAUAUUUGUACUGUUUUUGUACUUUUCUGUGUUGAAUUAAAACUAGAUGCAAGUUUGAAA